CCAUCCGUCCGUCCGUCCGUCCGUCCUUCCGUCCGUCCGUCCGUCCGUCCUUCCGUCCGUGCCCCCGGGCGCUGGAGCAUGGCCCUGGCCGGGGCGCUGCUGCUCUGCUCCUACAUGGCGCUGGCCCCGGCCGGGUCCGGCCAGCCCUACCUCCGCCUGCGGCCGUCCCCCAGCGACAGCCUUCCGGUCAAGGACAUCAUCGAGCACCCGGACCCCGACUACGACCCCAAGGAGCAGGACCUGGACGAGCGCGCCCUGCGCAAGCGGCUGGGCAGCCACCUGGACCCCGGCUUCAUGUCGGUGGCGGCGCCGCCGUCGCAGGGCAACGCGUCCGGCCCGGAGCCGCUGCCCAGGCCGGGGGGACCCGGGGCCGUGCCCGGGGAGCUGCGGAGGCUCGACUGGGGCGAGGGCCCGGCCGGAGCGCGCGUCAAGCUGGGCCGCAAGGCGCGGCGCCGGCUGGCGCAGUGGCUGUGGGCGUACACCUCGUGUCCCGUCGUGUACACCUGGAAGGACCUGGGGCUGCGCUUUUGGCCGCGCUACCUGCGAGAGGGCAGCUGCCCGCCCGAGCGCUCCUGCUCGCUGCCCCAGGGCAUGUUCUGCCGGCCGGCGCGCUCCGUCCCCAAGACCCUCCUGCGCUGGCACUGCCAGGGCUGGGCGCGCCACAAGUACUGCACCUGGAUCCCCGUCCAGUACCCGGUCAUCUCCGAGUGCAAGUGCUCCUGCUGACGGCACCGCCCCCCACACGCCCUCCCCGGGACCCCCUCCGGCCCGCCGACACACCCCCCUCCCCUCCC